AUGCGUGUCUGGAAGCUUUCUGGGGAAGAGCUGGUCGUGGACAACAUCGGAGAUAUGAUCAAGGUAAUUGAGUUGAAGCGGCACAUUUACGAAGUCUCUGGGUACUCACGCUUUCGCCAGAGGCUUCUUCAUGGGUGCAUUGUCCUGCAUGACAAUGCUAACCUGAACGGCCUCGGCGAUGUUCAGCUUGAGUUCCUCCCUCUUGUAGCUCCUACCGAGAUGCAGAUCGCCAUGCUCACGCAUGCAGCUCUCGAUGGUGAUGUGUCGCAGGUUGAAAAGUUGCUGCAACAUCCCGUGAACCCAACACUUCCGGAUCGUUUCGGCAUGACAGCUCUUGACUGGGCGUCUUCUGCAGGAGAUGUGGACAUGGCAAGGGUGCUGCUAGAAGCUGCAAACGACAAGGACUUGUCAGAGAGUGGUUGCACGACUGCUCUGGGAUAUGCAUCUUACCAUGGCCAUGGUUCCCUUGCAGCUUUGCUUGUGGAUGCCAAGGCACGAAUUGAGGGCUCAUGCAGUGUUGACGGGAGGCGAGCGCUGCACUGGGCAGCCAUCGGUGGUCAACCAGACGUAGUUCGGCUCCUCUUGCGUUCCAGGGCAAACCCCAAUUCAACUGCCGCCGACGGAACAGCACCAGUUCACAGAGCUGCCUACUACGGCUACUCAAUCGUUGUUCGGUUGCUCCUAAAGGCAGCUGCGAUUCCCAGCUUGAUGGACAACUAUGCUGAGACCCCAAUUCACAAAGCAUCCUGUCGUGGUCAUUCAGACAUUGUGCAGCUGCUUUUGACGGCUGAGGCAAGCCGAUGCUUGGGUGUGGAUCUCGCUGGGUUCUUCGGCAGUGCAGCAUGGGAUGCCACAUUUCGAGCAGGUCGUUUGGACGUGGUCUUGCUGCUGCAUGCCAGCCGAAGUUCAGUAGUCUGUUUUCCUCGAUCUCUCCUCGUCGAAGUCACACGCUUCCUGUUGGAAUUUGGUCCUUGCAGGGAGUUUGUGCUCCACUCGGCAUGUCGGGCAGGUCAUGGAGACAUCAUAGAAGUGCUCCUGCACAGUGGUGCUGGGGUUGACAUCAAUGCAGGUGACGAUGAUGGCAUGACCGCUCUCCAUCACGCGGCUUUCUAUGGCCAUGUAGGCAUCGUAGAUCUACUCUUGGAAGCCCGAGCCAAUCCCAAUCUAGUCAUGUCAGUGCUUGAUUCACCAGAGAUGUCGGCCGUGGACUUGGCGUCUUUUGGGGUGGCAGUGCUGAGUGCGGAGGAGUGCCGGUGUGGCCCAG